CUUUCCUUUUCGCGCGUUCAAAACCGCACCGCCAUCAUGAGGCGGAGCGCUCAGGACGUGACCAUGAAUGGGGAGUCCAAGCACGAGGACGAGGAGUAUAUGGGUGACAUAGUGCCAUCGAUGCCCGCCGGUUUCUCCACACCGCGUCGUCGGCAACAGAAAGCGAACGGAGGCUUCGAAUUCAGCGUAACACCAGAGCCUUCCCGUCGUCGCCUGUCGACGUCUAGAGGUCGCCAAUCGGCCGCAGGACUCGAAGAAUCGCCCGCCAGAUACUCACCCAGUAAAGUGAAGGCCGCUGUGCGCUCGUUCGCCGAUUUUCUACACUUUCUGAUUCUCGUGUCUUUUGGUGCCUUUGGAGGAACAGGAGGAGCACCAACAGGAUCACGCGCUUAUGCCAGUUAUUAUCCAGCGGUUUGCCGAGCUUGGAGCUGUCAUUGAGUCCCAGAAGAGACACAUUGACCGCUGGAAAGGCAAGGAGCUGGACUUGGCCAUCGAGGAGGCCCAGCAGAACUUGGAGCUCAUCCGAGAGCUAGGAGAGACCAUCCAGAAGCAGGAGCUGCAGAUCGCAGAGCUCACAGUGGAUAAACAGAAAUGGGAGGAGAAGUAUCAUCUCGCAGCUCAAGAGGUAGAGACACUCAAGAAACAGGGCACGUACCAGAUCCAGCAGCUUCGUUCCGAGGUGUCCAUGCUACGACAGGCAGGAGUAGAGGUGGAGAAGAAGCUUAAAGAGCGUGAUACGUCCCUUUCAACGCUGAAAAAGAGCAAUGACUCCCUUCUCGCUCAGUUGGAGCAGAUGAAGCGUGAUAGUUCGACGAUUAUGAAGGAGAACACGACACUGAAGCAGCAGGGAACGCACCAAUCAAACGAGAUGCGUGCUCUUGAGCAGCAGAUCCAGGAGCUACGUGGGCAUUACGAGUCAGUAGUAACGAAGGCAAAUGAGCUGGAGCAGGGUGUUGUAACGUGGCAGAAGAAAUACGAAGAGAAGACGCGCCAAGUGAGUGAAUUAGAGAGCACGCUCAACCAAGGAAGACAAGAAAUGGGUCAGCGUGAAGGCAACUUUAAAGAAUUGCUGGCUAAAAACCGGAAGUUACAGGAACAUGUGGAUAGAAUGGCGCAGGAGCACGAGAAGCAGCUUGCGGAGCAGCAUAAAUAUCGUAGUGAGGCCGAAGCGGAGCGACAGAGACUCACUCAAGUUCUUCAACAAGAGUCCACAAGGUUCCAGAACCUCAGAAAGGAGGCUGGAGAAGCACGUGCACAGAUCGAAGCACAGGCCAUGGCUGCCAUGAAGCAGCGUGAACAACAAUUGCUGGACGAAAAGGCUCGCGUCGAGGAAGAACUGCAGCUCCAGUUCAGCAAGAUCAACGAGGAGAACAUCGAGUUACGAGCCACUGUGGACAACCUGAAGGACAUCAACCGACGUAAGAGCACAGAGAUCGGCAGACUCAUGGCAACCUCGCAAGAAGCUGAACAGCAGAACCAGUCGCGGUUGAUGGAAGCUCAGAAGAUGCAGCAGCUGACAGAAGAAGUUGCGCGUGCAAAGCAGCAAAUGGAGACUCUGUCCAAGGACCUGGCUGCAAAGGAAGCUGCUCAUGAUGAAGCCAUGAAGUCCCAGUCUGCUGAGUUCGAGAACCAGUACAAUGACUUCGUGUCACAAGUUGAGGGCCAGUUCAACGAAAUGACUCAAGAAAAUGAUCAACUACGAGCAGAUCUCGACGAGGCAGUGAAGAAAUUGGGAAUGUAUGAGGGACAUGCGGCAGCGGGGGGAGAAGAGCUCAACAAGUGGCGCUCGGAAUGCGAAAAACUUCAGCAUCAACUACACGAAGGUGCUCGGGAGAAUGAGGGCUUGAAACGCGAGCUGGAGCAUCGUCUACAGGAGCUUGAAUUACGGAACAAGGAGAAUGCAGAGUUAAGUGCGCGAAUUGAGCAGUUCUUGUCUCCCGAUAAUGAACGUACGAGAGAAGUGGAGCUACUACAGGGAGAGCGUGUACGACUGGAAGAACAAAACCAGGAGCUUCAAAGAAUGAUCGAAGAGACCAGAGCCGACGCCGAAGCCACAAUGGAAGAAGCUCACCGUGUCCAUGAUCGCUCUAUCGAGCAGAAAACCACUCAUGAAAACACAGUCCGGUCGCUAUGCGAGGAGAAGGAAGCACUGAACCGCAACUUGAUGAUGCUGUCUUCAGAGAAAUCGGUGUUGGAAGCUCAGAUUUCUACUGCUCGCAAUGAGAUUGAACACUGGAAGACUUCGGUGCAUCAAUUGGAGAGCGACAAACGAAGUCUUGAGCUUCGACUUCAAGAAGUGAUGAGGCAAGCGACUGAACAAAUUGAGACGCAGAAACAAUCAGCGGCUAUGGCUACUGAGGAUGGCAGGACUCAACUGCAAAAGCUGACAGCUCAACUGGUACAGCGUGACGCUCAGAUGAAUGAAGGCCAUCAACAACUGCGCAGUGUGCAGGAAAUGGUUCAGUCGUUGGAAGAGAAACUGCGUGCCCAGCAAUACGAGUCUGAGAGCUUGCAGAUGAAGAAUGAACAGCUGAAUACUCAACUUGACGCUCUUCGGAACGAGAAACGCGGGUUGGAGCAUGUUAUGCAGCAACAUAGUACAUCGAUACGUGAAGGUUCGGAUGAAAAUCUUUCUCAAAGGCUGGAACGACUAACUCAUGAAAUGGAGCGACGUGUUCAAGAGGAAAGCGAGAAGGUGAAUCACUUGCAGGCAGUUUUGGACUCAAAGCUGGACACUCAGCUGCAGCACGCGAGUGAAGAGAGGACGAAGCUGGAGCAGGAAAACGCUAGACUUCAGCGAGAGCUUGAAACGUACGCUGCCGAGCUGGAGAAGCUGGAUGCGGAGCUUCUGCAGCUACAACGUGAACGGGAGGAACAGGAGCGUGUUCUAAGUGACAUGCAGGAAACGAUGGCAGCUCAUGAAGAAGCCCAGCGCUCUCGCCACAACGCGAGUGAUGACUUUAUGCGUCUUGAAGCUAUUCAUAAUGAGCUGAAGGCGACGCACGAACAGUUUAAGCAGGAUAUCUUGACUCAGUUGAGAGAGAAGGAGAAUGAACUGGCAGAGCUGCAAGAUGAAAUGACGGAAUUACAGUCCAAACUGGACCAAGAGAAGGAAAUGACGAGUCAUCUGAUGGACCGCUCGCAUUCUGAGAAGCAAGAUCAUGCAAAGGAAUUAGCUGAAGUCGAAGAGAAACAGCAAUUGCGAGUAAAGGAGCUGGAGACGUCGAUGAAGGAGCUGCAGCAUAAGCUCCGUGUAAGUGAGCACUCUGCUACAGACAAGGAACAGACACGGGUGAAGGAGCUGGAAGCAUCAGUGAAGCGACUUCAGCGCGAGCUCCAAGUCAGCCAGCAGUCGAUGACGGGAAGAGAACAGAGUGCCAUGCACGAGAAACUGCAACGAGAGCGUGAGCAGCGAGCCCUGCAGACUCGGUACGAUAGCUUAGCUGCUGAGAAUGCGGUUACUCUGAAGAAGAUGGAUGCAAAAUUGGAAGAGAUCGAACACUUGCACCAAGAGAUCGACCAGUUGCACGAGGAGAUCGAGCGAUUGAAUGAGGAAAUUCGGGAUAAUACGACUGAGAUGGACAACGCGAGAGGUCAUCUCCACGUGUCUGAGCAGCUUAUGCUGAAGCUCGAGGAGCUACAAGAUGAACUAGCCGCACGCGAAGACGAUGCGCAUCAACGCGAUGCCGAGUUGACUGCAAAGGAGGAAGAGCUGCAGCUUGCUAGGGACACUGAGAAAGAACUGAAGCGCCAGCUUCAAGGCAAGGUGCACGAAAAGGAAGGCGAAGCUGCUUUACUAAAGCAACAGAAUGCAAAGCUUCGAGAGCAGCUCAAACGAGCUGCGCAAGCGAAACUCUCGUCAAACGAAGCUGAUGCUGCAGCUCGAGAAGCGGCGAUGAAGGACCUGGAGAAGGCUUAUGAUGAAUCAGUACAGCGCGAGGGUGAGCUUCAAUCACAAAUUGCUCAGCUUGAAGAUUCCAAGACGAGUUUACUGAAUCAAUUCCGUCGUGAGAUGCGAAAGCUGAACGUCGAGUUUGGUGCUCAAGGAUCUAAAGCUGACGGUAUCGACGACAGUGCUUUCCUUCGUGGCAUAAUGGAAGUGUCAGCUCUUCUUCGAAGCUACCAGGACCGUGAGACUCGUCAGGAUGCGCUCAUUCAUCGCAAAGAGAAGCAGAUUAACGAGCUUAAAUCGAGAUUGGACGAGGUGGAGCGUUCAUUCCGUCUGCGGGAUAGUAAGCAGGACAAGCGUGACGCGUUUAAAGCACGGGAAGAAUCACUGUAUCAACAGGUGGAAGCUAUGAGUGAAGAAGUCUCCAAGCUGAAGUUGGAGAACCAAGAGCUACGUGAAAAUCCCACCGCUGUGAGCAGUGCUGAAGAUGUUUGUGAGUGGGAAGAACAGUGUGCGAAGCUUCAGAACCGCGUGCGUGAAUUGAAAGAAACAAACGCGAAGCUCAAGGAGAGGAGCUUCUCCAAGGCUGACAUGAAGGCGCUCGUCAAGGAAGUUGAAAAGCUCACGAGCGAAGUAUUGGAGAAGGACUCGCAGCUCCAAGCUCUUCGGAAUCGCGAGACGUCAAGGCCUGCUAAUGGAUCUCGUGGCUCAAGAGCCUUGCUGGAGGAGAAGGUCAUGGUGCUCAAUGACCACUUGACUGGCCUCAUGACGGAGAACAUGCAGCUUCAACACAGCGUUGAACAGUACGCCAUCCAGUAUGGCCCACUGGACGAUGUGCCGAAUGGUGUUAUCGGCAACUCUGGUAUUCGCGUACCGACUCGAACAAACGGCAAACCUGCUGUCCGGUCACAGUAACAGACACAUGUAGAUAGGCCCAGAAGAAGACCAGACACGCCACGUAUGUGGCCCCAUACGCGAGGAAUGUAGCAGCAGUACCGAAUGUUUCAAACAGAGUGAGCAUGGAGCCAUUCACGAGCAGCGAGAUGAGCGACAUGGUGAAGGUGCAGUAGCUCAUGUACCGUGCUCGAUAGCUGUUGUCUUGGAACAGCUCGCUUAGGAUAACAACGAAGAGGAUACUGGGGCCCACAGCAGCAAACACGUUAAGCACGGCGAACGUGAUCAUGAUGCUCGCGGACGCCGUGGAACUGUGUGCAAAAUCGUCGGUGGAAUAUCGCGCAAAAACGCCUCCGCUCACCACGAAGCAGACACAGACGACAGCUAGACAAAUCAAGUAGAUUUGUCGUCUUGAGAACCUUGCAAUGACGAAUCGACCAGCGAAAAUGACAGACACGACUGCUACGAGUGAGCAGAGGAGUCCGAAGAUGUUGGCAUCUCUACGUGAAUACGAAGUACUGGUCUUGGCGAUGAUUUCCGGGCCAUAGAAGAGAGACGCAUCCACGCAAUUGUUCACAUACGCCAGUAAAAUACCGAUCAACAGCUCCAGAUGAGGAUUUGGAGACGAAGUAGACGCAGUUGUAGCUUGUUCAGAUGGACGUUGGUAGCUCCCGUUUCUUUCUCGCUUGAUGGUGACCGAAGGAUCGGUACUGUCGACGCUGUCUUCAUCUGACACAUCUGUGACUGCUUCUUCUAGAUCUGUCGGGUUCUCCUUCCAACGGAGCCAUUUGAUGCUCUCCGGGAAGUAGAAAUGGAAAUUGUAGAGUACAUAGAGCGCCGGUAAGCUGCCAAAAGCCAGACAUGCUCUCCAGUUCUCACUUAUAGUUAUCAUAAAGAGGUAGGGCACAGCUACACCCGAAUUCACCCC